AUGAUGAACGAAGAUGACUGUAGCGACAGCGACAAAGACAACUUGCAGGUCAAACAAGACAAAUCCCUCCUUUACAAGCCUGGCUAUCAGCAAUAUCUAUGGAGUUCCAUCGUUACCUUGGAUAAGGAGCCCGAGAAAGAGGAACUAGUCGCCAUCGCGCACAAAGCCAGCGAAGAGAUGCAAGCUACCCUCCACAACGCACUAAAAAACAAACAACCAUCCAUCAUGACUGCUUUACAAGUAGGCAAAGAGGUUUACCUAGCAUCUUCAGCCACUGGCGACUACUCCCUUAUCUACGAGGACUGA